AUGCUUUCACGGCACUUGGCUAAACAAAUUUCGCAAGUCCGGGCGCUCACCAAGCUUCAAUAUUUCGUGACUCGUAAAUUCUCUACUGAUCCAAACUACGUCAUAGACAAAAUGGUGUCGUCCACAUUCACACACGUGGCAAAAUGCCAGCCAGAUAGUUUCAGUGCCGAAGAGAAGAAUACAAAAGUGUUGGAGCCAAGAACCAUAGAGCACAGCUAUCGAAAGUUUGUGAUCCCGUUGAGCACCGACACAGACAAACAGAAAGAAUACUUGAGUGCGUCGGGAAGUGUUCGACUUGGGAAAAUUCUGGAAGACUUGGAUCAUAUGGCUGUCCACGUUGCAUACGUUCACAAUUCUGACAAUAGAACGCUUGAUGAGCCGAUGACUUUGCCAAGGACCAUUGUGACAGCGUCCGUUAAAAGAAUUGAUCUAAACAAAGUAGAUAUUCAUCCGUCUCGUGACAUUAUCAUUGAUGGACAAGUCACGUAUGCCGGCACGAGUAGUAUGCAAGUGUGUCUCCGACUGUUCCAGAAUGAUGAGAAUGAAAAUCUGAAUCAUCUUCUGAAGGCUGAGUUUAUAAUGGUCUCCCGUGAUCCUCUAGAUGGCACUAAAUCAGUACGUGUUCACGGUCUGACCGCACGGACUCCAGAUGAGGCUGAGACUAUCAAUAGAACCAAGGAGCACUUCCGCAAGAUGGGGAACUCGGCGAAUCGUCAGCCAACUAAUGAAGAGUUCAAUUUGAUACAUAACAUGUAUAACGAGUUGAUUGGGAGAAGUAUGGUGCAUGAUGUGGCGGUCUUGUCGAAAUCCGAAAUGUGGAUGCAUAAAACCAAUCUAUCAGUCACUGAGAUCUGCUUCCCAGAAUACCAGAACAUGUAUGGCAAAAUAUUUGGAGGAUUUCUCAUGAGAAAGGCUCUCGAGCUGGCUCACACCAAUGCAAAGUUAUACUGUAAGGGUCGUGUUGCUAUCCGAUCGAUGGAUCAAAUUGAAUUCAAGAAGCCCGUUGAAAUCGGUCAUGUUCUUCAUUUCGAUUCGUUUGUCACUUAUACCGAUGGGCGGUACAUUCAAGUCAAAGCCCGUGUCAACACCAACGUCUUCAACUUCACCAUGGAAAGUGUAGAGAAUCCGAGCGUGCUCAAGGUGGUUCCCAAGCACUAUGUGCAUACGACAAGCUAUUUGGAAGGGCGGCGUCUUCUCAAUAAUACGUUGAAAAGAAUUGUGAAUUAG